ACGGUUGUGCAUAUCGAGAUGAGGAUUAGAAUUGCUGCGGCGACGUAUACACCGCUUUUCACCAAGUAGCACUCUCCGCCCAACCAUCCCGUUGCGUACGGCUGCUGUCUGCUCAUACUCGACGCCGCAAUCAGUAGCAAUAUCACCACGAUUCAUACAAUGGAUGAUUCGGGUAGCAGCAGUCAAGAUGAGGGAAAUGUUCUUAUUCGUUAUGAGGUCAAGAGGACUGCUCGACGUGGCCCAACCAUUAUGCCCGAGUUGUUACACAUCAGAAAUUCUGGGGAACGCAAAACAAUUGAAUAUAAUGAUCGUGGUCAACCUGUUGGAGAAAAUGCAAAGAAAAUGCAAAGUUUCAUUGGUGUGUGUGUUAGACAACAAAUUCCAGUGACUUACAAUAGUUGGAAAGAAGUUCCACAGGAACUUAAAGAUACAAUUUUUGAUUGUAUACAAAUGUCGUUCGUGGUGGACCUUAGUUCCAAACAUUAUAUUCUUCAAUCUGCAUCAAAGAAGUUUCGAUCUUUUAAGUCCACAUUAACUCAAAUGUACAUACUUCCAUAUAAAGACGAACCAUCUCGCUUGCAAUAUCCUCCUGAAAAAUAUUCACAUAUUGAUAAGAAACAAUGGGAGUCAUUUGUUAAAGCAAGACUAAGUGAAGAGUGGGAGGUAUUUAGUUGCGCUCAAAGGGAAAGAAGGGCGAAAUGCAUAUAUAAUCAUCACAUCUCUCGUAAGGGAUAUGCAAAUCUUGCCCAGGAAUUGGAAUUGUCAAGUGAUCCUUGCAAUCGAGCAACUUUAUGGAAAGAAGCGCGUAAAAGAAAAAAUAAUGGAUGCUUUGAUGAUGCCACUAGAGAAUGUGUUAAGCGAAUUGAUGAAUUAGCUGCGAUACGUAAGGGACAAGAUAUUUUGACUGAAGCACUAGGCACGCCAGAACAUAGAGGGCGUAUAAGGGGAGUGGGUGAGUUUGUUUCACCAGCCUUACAUGUCAAUGUUGCUAGAGGAAAUUUGAAAUUGAGUCAACAAUCUCAAGACAAAGAUGAGACUCAACAAUCUCAAGAUGAAAAUGAGACUCAACAAUCUAAAGCCGAAAAUGAGACUCAACAAUCUAAUGACGAAAAUGAGACUCAACAAUCUCGAAGUAGUGUCUCGAGGAAGAAGACAAAAGGAAAGAAGGUUCAGAAAGGAAAAAAGGGUCCAAAAGGAAAAAUGGUUGUCAAAGAGUCUGAAGAAACUUUGGAGGUACAGGUUCUUCAAGAGCCUGAAAAUAUUUCGAAGGGAAUACCGUGUCACCUGGCUAUAGGAUCUCUGGACAAUGUUGUUGCUGUAGGCAAAAUGUUCGAGUCUGAUGUUCAAUGUCCCACCAUUCAUGGAAUUCCACUAGGAGCUGAGAAUAUUAGAGUGACGGUUGAUAUUGCCAUGGUUGAAGAUGUUGCACUACCAAUUCCUCUAAAGGGUGAUAUAGAGACUUUAAAUCAAGCUAUUGGUAACUUCGUGGCUUGGCCUCGCAAACUUGUAAUUGUGACCAAGGAGAAAAAGGCUCCAUCUCUGACUGCAUCUGAGAGUACUACACAAUCUUCCAAAUAUACGGACGUCCACGUUACCAUUAAGCUCCUAAAUAGAUACGCUAUGCAAACAAUGCAAGUGGAGGAUAUAAUUCAAAUCAGUUUGAGUGAGCAUAUCUUUGGGAAGGAGAAAACAAUUUAUUUGCGCCGUGACGACAUCAUACAAUAUUGUGGAAUGACUGAAAUUGGUUAUUCAUGUAUACUUACAUACAUUGCGUGUCUUUGGAAUGUAUGUGAGUCUGAGAUAACAAAAAGGUUUGUACUAGUCGACCAAGCAACCAUUUCAUCGCAUAUAAAAUCCCAAGAAAAUCGUUCUAGAAAUCUAAUUAACAGGUUAGAAAUGGCAAACUUGGAUCAGCUAGUGCUCAUCCCUUAUAACACUGGUACUUGUCAUUGGAUAUUGAUUAUUAUCGAUCUUCAAGAAAAUUGUGUUUAUGUCAUGGAUCCCUUACGAAGUAAGAUUCUACCAGAAUUUCAAGGAGUCAUAAAUAAGUCGUUGAAACAUUGGCAAUUUGAACACUCCCCUAAACACUAUCGCUCUCGUAUACGUUGGAAACCUAUAAAGUGCCCCCGUCCGUUGGGUUCUAUAGAGUGUGGGUACUAUGUGCAAAAGUAUCUACGGGAAUUAGUGAAAAACGCUAACACCCGCAUAAAUAAUCUUUUUAACACAAUACAUGCCUAUGGACAAGAAGAAAUCGAUGCAGUCCGAGUAGAAUGGGCCGAAUUUGUUGCACGAUUUGUGUAGUGCUACUAAAGAUUUGUUAGUUUUCUAUACUUUUAAGUAUGUAUUUGAUCUUUUCAUUGUCUUCAUGAAUGAAAUGAAAUUAAUAGUUUAUAAAUACAUUGGAUAAUAUGCAGAAGUAUUGAAUGCUACUUAAAAGUGCAUUAUUUGUUACUGAAUUUCAUGUUAUUUUUUCUUAUAAAAAAUCAUCAUUUUCUCUUUUU